AUGCAGUUGACCAAGAUAUUAGCGGCGGUGAUCCUGCCUCUUGUCGCUGUCGCUCAGGACACCGACUCGACCACCACCGCCACAUCCACCAUCACUCUCACCCGGACCAUUAAGCUCGCCAAGAUUGUCGCAACAACCACCUCGACAGUCUACAACACCACGUCGAGCUAUGCUCUGACGGGCACCGGUUCAUCUACCUACCUUCUCCCGACCACCACUGGUUCGCCGACGACAUCAACACCAUCCAUCAGCCCGUCGAUCGACCCCAACGCUGGCGUGGCUCUCAAUGCCGCAAACGUUGCGCUGGCUGGUGUCGCCGGUAUCUUUGUCGCCGCUCUGAUGUAA